ACAAACAGCUAACUUCACUACUGUUACUGUUUAACACUUGUCAAAUUCAAUGUCAGUGUUUAUCUCAAGACAAUAACAUGUUAAGUAAGAAAAUGUAGAAAACAGUGGAGAACACUUGAUAAGAUAACGGAGAUUUCUCAGAGGACCCCUCCAACUGUGAUUUUAUUAGAUGUCAGUGUCUCAGUUGGCAGCAAAAAAGCCAAAAAUGGCCGAAGAAAUCAAGCAUUUGCCCAUGAUCGUCCCUUUGCCGCUCCCCGAGGAGCAGCUCAAAGAAAUAGUGGAGAAAUCCAAAGACUGGGCUUUGAUGCAUGGGGCUGCCAUGCGGUCCAAAACGCAGUUCUCCGAGGACGCCCUCUUCUUCGCCCCCUUCGUCCUGAUCCCGUCGGCCUUCCCCCGCAAGGAGUUCGCCAAAGCGCUCGAAAUCCAGUUGAUUUUGAACGAGUUGAUGCACAAGGUGGCCCACGACCGGCGCUUCCUCACCGAGAGCCUCAAGGAGACGAUCAAAGUGGACGAGUUCACGGGGAACCUCUUCAGGAUCUACGAGACGGUGCUCGGCGAGGGGCUCACACAGCCGAUUAGUUUGGGUAUGGUUCGGUCAGAUUUGAUGUUGGAGGGAUCAUGUAAAAAUCACGCGCCAUCCUCCACGCCGUACUGCUGCUGGAAGCAGGUCGAGUUCAACACUAUUGCUUCAGGUUUCGGCUGGCUGGGGCCGUCUUCAGGGGCGAUCCAGAGGUACAUAUUACAAGAAUUGGGUCACAGUGACAUGCUGAAAAACUUGCCGGAAAAUAACGCACUUGAAGGCCUUUGUAGUGGCAUGAUUGAAGCGUGGAAAAUAUACGGGAAGCCUGAAGCCGUCAUUAUGUUCCUAAUCGAAGACAUUACUUACAACAUUUGCGAUCAAAGAUUUCACGAAUUUAAAAUCAGAGAAAUGUGUCCUCAAGUUCGGGUUAUUCGUCGCACUUUGACCGAUAUGGCGGAAAGGGCGAGUCUAGGACCGAAAAAACAGCUACUGAUAGAUGAGUGCGAGGUCGGGGUUAUUUAUUUUCGGGCAGGGUACGAGCCGGGGCAUUACCACAGUCAGAAGGAAUGGGAUGCGAGGCUUCUAAUGGAGAGGUCAUUGGCUAUUAAAAGUCCCUCGAUUCAUUACCACUUGGCUGGGACCAAAAAAGUCCAACAAACUCUCGCAAAACCGGGGGCUUUGGACCAGUUUUUGAACGACCCUUCGAAAGUCGAAAAAGUCAAGCAGAUUUUUGCGGGUCUCUACAGUCUCGAUUUUGACGAAUUGGGGGAGCAAGCAAUACAAAUGGCGAUCGAUGAUCCUGAAAGAUUUGUUUUAAAGCCCCAGAGAGAAGGGGGCGGUAAUAAUGUGUAUGGAUUGGAGGUGCGAGACGCUGUUAAAAAAAUGAAGGAUAGUGAAGAACGCACGGCUUGGAUUUUGAUGGAAAGGAUUCAUCCGCCGCUAUCUACAGGGUACAUGGUGCGGCCUGGGGGAAGUAAGGCUCCACAGUUGGUGGACAUGGUCUCGGAAUUGGGGAUUUUUGGUGUUGUGAUAGGGGAUGCAGAAAAAAUCACGUAUAAUAAACAAGUGGGGCAUAUGCUGCGUACUAAAGUGGCAACGGCGAAUGAAGGUGGCGUCGCUGCGGGUUUGGGUGCCUUAGAUAGUCCAUAUCUGAUAGAUUAACAUUUUUACGCAAAUCAUUAAUAAAAGUGUUAAAAAACACAAGCAAA